AAUUCAGGGAAUACUUGCCAAUAGUAUUAUAUCGUUUUGUUUUCAAUACUUGUUAAGGGUAGGGUUUCACACGCCAAUACUUGUUAAGGGGUGCAUUUUCAGAAUAUGGAAAAUACGUGUUUAGGGUGCUUUUUGAGAUCUCAUGGUCGCGCAUGGUAUCCACUCGUGAAUGGAAGUGGCCCCCCGGGUCAUUGGCUGAUCAGUAGUCCGUUGAAUCACCAAUGUAGCGGUAGCAGUACCGUUGACCUCACCCAUUCAAAGGCUUACUUAUUCAAUUCUUUUUUUUUUUUUCAUUCUGAAUUUAUAUGAAAUGCUUUAGUGUUAGCCCCAAACAUGGCGCCUCAAAUCGUUCUCAUAACAGGCUGCUCCUCGGGUAUCGGGCUCGCCUCUGCCACUCGUCUCGCUCUCGACAACGAUCACCGAUACAUCGUCAUCGCAACGGUAAUUUCGAUUUCGGAAAGGGCGGAGCUAAUGACUGCCGUGGGCGACGCCCUUGAUAAAACAGUUUUCAUCAAAGUUUUGGACGUGACGGAUGACGAAAAUAUAUAUUCCGUGGUGGACAAUGUCAUUAAAACUCAUGGGCGGAUCGAUGUUUUGAUAAACGUCGCUGGAGUGAUCUUCCUCGGAAUUCCGGAGCAGAUGCCGAGGGAAAAGAUUGACCUAAUGUUCAGUGUUAAUGUGAUGGGGGCUAUGAGACUCACACAAGCUGUCCUGCCGCACAUGAAAGAAAGGAGAGCAGGGAAGAUUAUUGCUGUUACAAGCAGUCUCGCCAAGCAAGGUCGACCAUACUGCGACUUUUAUUGUGCGACCAAGUUUGCAAUCGAAGGGUUUUUCGAAUCUCUGGCUGCUGGCUUGAGGCCAUUUGAUAUUCGGAUUUGUCUGGUGGAGCCUGCUCGUGUUGCUACCAGAAUGGAUGAUCAUGUAUGUGCAUGCGUGAGGGAGAUGCUGAACGACGACGAAAUCGACGAAAUAGACCGCCGUCAUCUAGAACACAUGCAUCGGAUGAUGAAGGUAUCGAAGAAGUCAAGCGCGGAGAAGGUUGCCAAGGCCAUCGUGGAGCGGUGCUUGGAGGAGGAGAAACCUGCUCUUAGACACCUCUUAAAAGAUAAGGUUGGCUGCGAGGAGAUGGCAAAGUAUUGUAGUGAUCUUACUGGGGAACGUUCUAUAGCUGGAAACCUAAAGCGACUGGGGUAUUCAUCGUGAAAUGGGAGGCUCCGUUCGCAGAGCCAGCGAGACAUCUCAACGUCGAUGUUUGAACAUGAUGAUACGAACGGACUAAUAUGAGUGCAUUGACUUUAAUUUAGGUACAUGACUAAUUAAAACCGCCUUUAAAAAGAAUAUAAUAGUAAAUUCAUUGAUAAUCAUUAACAGCUAUUGUUAGUUAUGCUGGUGCUAAAUAAGAUGCUAGGUUUGAAAUAUUUACAAAAUAGUGCAUCGAUAUCAUCAAAUCAACACCACCAUCACCAUCAUCAACACCAUUAUAAACAUCACCAUCGUCAUCAUCAUCGUCAUCAUGCACCAUCUCCAUCAUCAGCAUCAUCAUAAUCAUCAGCAUCUUCAUCAUCAUUAACAUCGUCGUUGUCAUCAUUAGAUCAUUGACAUCAUUAUUAUCACCACUGUCUCCAUCCUCACCAAUAACACCACCAUUAUCAUCAUCAGAUUAUCAUCAACACCAUCACCAUUGUCAAUAUCAUCAUUAUCAUCAUCAUCAUUGCCACCACUACUACAACUACCUCCACCACAACCAUCACCAGAUGCUUCUCCUCAAAGGGGGGCAGGGGGUUACUGUACAGCGUGUCCCACAAAGAAAAUAGAAUGAGUAUAAAGUGAUAAUUGCCAAAUAAUAUGGUACAUAAUUGUAUUAUCGUGAACCAGCAUUUGUUUUAUACAACUGACUUGAAUUUUAUGAGAUAUGAGCCUUCUUUCAGGACUGAUGAGCAAACCUUUCAAUCCAAGUUUCGGUGUUACAUUGAAUAAAGCACAAAGUCCAAUCACCUCCUUAUUCACUAUUUAUUUAUUUAUUCAUUUAUUUAUAUAUUUCCUUUGAAGGAUUGGAGGCCAACUGAAGGAUAACUACAGAGAAAUGAAUUAAAAUAUAUUUGUUUGUAAUCCAUGAUGUCAUCUAUUCAUCACAUGGUUGAAUAAAUAGGUCAUCCCCAAGUCUUGAACAAAAAAAAAUCACUGCAGACUUAUACCCGUGGCUGAGCGUGAAUAAAGAGGCCUUUGAUUCGCAACACUUGAAUGGAAUCAAAAGAAAAAAAUGCUCAUAUCUUUGUGAUUAUUAGUCCAUGUCACAUAAAAAUUCCUCCAGUUGUAGGAUAUGGAUUGUAGUUUACGGGUGCAAAAAUAUAAAGAAUGUAAUGUCUAGUUGUCAUUUUAAUAUUAUACCAAGCUAGAUUGCCAUUAACAUUUUUGGUGAAAUACGCUGUGGUAGUGAAAUAAUGGGCAGAAAAGGCAUUAAGGGUUAUGUUUGUAUUCAUAUAAUUUCAGUAUUUUUAUUAGGAUUCUCUAUUUGUUCCUUGUAGUAAAGAAUAAGAUGUCAUAUUCUUCCUAAUAUUGUAACCCCCCCCCCCCGUCCUUUUGAUGCUUUUGCCUUUGCACUUCAGAAUACUUGCUUCAAUAUGUCUUUUUCUAAAUUUUCUUGUAAAUUAUACUGCCUAAAGUUUAGGUGAUGAUAAAAAACACUAUUUUUGACAGAUUAAACAGUUUUCUGUUUUUAUUUUUAGCACAUACUCAAUAUAUUAUGUGCUAAAAUGAACUAUUGUUACAUUUCCAAAGUCGUCACUAACCCCGCAUGGUGAUUCAUAAAAUAUAGGUUUGGUACUUGAGGCAGGGGGCUACUUUAGUAGGAACAAAAUGUUUGACUUAAAGCAUUAGGGAUGUAUUGGUAUUUAUAUAAUUUCUGUGUGGUUUUAAUAAUAGUGCCCCCCCCUUCUUCUAGACUAAGCCUUCUGAUUUACAGGAUGUUUCAUAUAAUUGACGUAGGUAGACCUUUAUAUUGGGUUUCUUGUUUGUGUUCAGGAGAACUUAUAAUCACUAUUGUGUCAAUAAAUUUCAAACAGUUUUUUUUA